AGGAAGAGAAAACGCCCAGCGCUGUUUAGUUUCCUCUUUGCCCGGGCUCAUGCUAAGAAGCUUGGAAACAACAAAGAGAAGAGAAAAGAGAAGAGAAGGAGAGAUUGGAUCGGAGUAUUUGAGGUUAAGGAGAUCGUCAAAGAAUGGGGAGCGGCUUGGUCGUGGAGGAGGAUGGGUAUGGCUUGGGGUUGGAGGAGACCGAGCUGCGCCUGGGAUUGCCGGGUGGCGGAGGGAGUGAAGGGGAUGUGGCGAAGAACUCCGGCAAGAGGGGUUUCUCGGAGACGAUCGACUUGAAGCUGAAGCUUCAUACAGUGGUUGACUCGAAGGAGGUGGAGAUGGAGGUGUGGGACAAGAUGAAGAGGUUGCCAAGCCAGAAGAACCUCCUUCCUUGCACCAAUGACCCUGAGAAGCCCUCUGCUCCCAAGGCACAGGUGGUGGGUUGGCCCCCAGUCCGAUCAUUCAGGAAGAACAUCCUGGCCACCCACUCCGAUAAGGGAAGCAAAGUAGAAGGGGAGAAGUCAAGCAACUCAGUGGCUCUCGUGAAGGUUAGCAUGGAUGGUGCCCCUUACCUUCGUAAGGUGGACCUCAAAAUGUAUAGAAGCUACCAAGAGCUCUCCAUGGCCUUGGAGAAGAUGUUUAGCUCCUUUACCAGUGGGAACUGUGGCUCUCAAGGAAUGAGUGGAAGGGAUUUCAUGAAUGAAAGCAAGCUAAUGGAUCUCUUGAAUGGUUCCGAGUAUGUGCCCACCUAUGAAGACAAAGAUGGUGACUUGAUGCUUGUUGGGGAUGUUCCAUGGGAAUUAAUCUCAGGAUGUUUGUUGAAUCAUGCAAGCGCCUGCGGAUAAUGAAAGGAUCAGAAGCCAUUGGACUUGCACCGAGAGCCAUGGAGAAAUGCAAGAAUAGAAGCUGAGGAAGCAAAACUGAACUUGAUCCUGAUUUAUCUUGUAUCAUAGUCAAAAUGCCGAUAACAAGCGUGGACUCUGGAUUGGGAUGGAGCCAGUCAGCUGAGUUUGUCUGUGCUGUGUUUUCAUAUAUACCAUAUAAAUAUAUAUGUCGUCAUUAAAGAAAUGGGAUGUAUAUUUAUUUUGUUUCAUGGACAAGAGGCAAUAUUACUUGUUUGCUCUUAAGACUUGCAGUGUCUACAUUGUUUAUUAUGGUGUGUUUAAUAUAUAAUCUGUUUCAUGUUACCAUUGUA